AUGCUCACCUCCAUCUCCCCCUUCCAAGCUCCUUCAAUGAGUGACAUUCCGGGUUUUCGUACGCCUUCUGCGCGUUCCGCGUCUUCCAGUAAUGGGACGACUCAUGGCAUUACAUCCCUACCCGAACAUGCAUCAAACUCCUCCGGGGACAGUUCAAAACACGCGCUGAGGAGAGAGUACUCUGCUCCAACCAUCACCGCCACCGCCUCAUCGGCUUGUAAGAUCGAGGCCCGCACCAGCGUAACGCCACCAACACCAGCACCGACAGUUACUUGUCCGCAGACAGGGCUCCGUUACCCCGCACCCUUUUCUGAUGAACCGGCAGCUGUAAAGGCCCUCAACGAGUGUGAUUACUCUAUUCGUAUUACCAUGGAGAUGGCGAAAUCUGGAACAUGUACAAACCCUUCAUCAGUGCCAUUUUUAAAACUUCAGAGGCUUGUUGUUGCUCGGCUUAGCUAA